UCCUGCUUUCACAGGAGGCAUCAGCACCGGCAGAGGUAGAAGAUAAGUGAACCAGAGUUAGUGUUGUAGUCAGUCUACCUCCCAUAGUGACCAUGAGAGUCCUCCUACUGAUCUGCAUGCCAGCAGUUCUGCUUGCUCAGGCCCAGUACCAGGACCAGGACCAGGGCCAGGGUAGCUUCUUGGAGUCCUAUGAUUAUUAUUCACCAGAACCUCAAAAUAGGGACCCUUUUCCGGGAUCCUCCUACCAGCAGCAGGUCCAAAUCGAGCCUGCUGUCGUUCAGCAAAAGCUAGAUCCGGUCUUUGAGACGGAGCCAACUGAGCCUGGACCUCUUGACUGCAGAGAGGAGCAGUAUCCCUGCACCAGACUCUACUCGGUGCACAAACCAUGCAAGCAGUGUCUGAACAGCCUUUGCUUCUACAGUUUGCGACGGGUUUAUGUAAUCAACAAGGAGAUCUGCAUGAGGACCGUGUGCGCACAUGAGGAGCUACUCAGAGCGGAUCUGUGUCGUGAUCAGUUCUCUCGCUGCGGUGUGAUGGCGCUUAGCGGUCAGUGUGCAUCGAUUGGAGGAAGCUGUGGCAAAAGCUGCGGAGGCUGCUGAUCUGGAUCAGGAAUGCUGCCUGCUGGGAUACUGACUCUCCUCAUUCAUCCGGAUGACUCCAUCCUUUUGUGCGAAAAGCACUUUUAAUAUUUUUGUUUUUCUUUUUGUUUUUUUUAUAGAGGUCUGUCCAGUAGGUCCUGUUUUUACCAUAAGGGAUCAUCAAUAACACUGACGAUUAUCUGAGUCACUGGUGCUAUAACUUUUAGAGGUGCACAUAAAACCAUGAAAAUCCCUUUAAUUCUUAUUUUUUCUGUUUUUAUGUUGUGCCAUAAUAAUCCCAUUUUUUUUUUUGUUUGUUGAAAUAUUCUUGUACUUUUGUUGAAAAGCAGUCAUCAUUAAGAUGAUCAGAGCUCUGAUAGCAUACAGGACUCAUAAGCGGGCAGCGGCUGAGCCUCUCAGCUGAAGAUCAGGAGGCAUGUGGAGAAACAUGAGCUCAGCAUCACAACAGCAAUCAGUGGUUUAAAGGGGCAUCCCACCACCACCUCUGUACUACUGCUUGGUUAAAGUGUCACUAUA